CCAGAUCCAACAGGCAGGCAGACCCGACCCAAACACAAACACGUGUGAGGUAAGGCGUGCUGACGAUCACUUCAGAAAAAUGGGUAAAAAGACCAAAAAGGGAAAGCAGCGGAAGGAUACCUAUUAUCACAAGGCAAAAAUAGCAGGUUUCCGUGCCCGAUCUGCGUACAAACUGGUUCAGCUCAACACCAAGUAUGAGUUCCUGCAGAAGUCUCGAGUGUGCAUUGACCUGUGUGCUGCUCCAGGCUCAUGGAUGCAGGUGGCCAAGAAAUAUAUGCCUGUCUCAUCCAUCAUCGUUGGUGUGGAUCUCUUCCCAAUCAAUCCUAUUCCUGGGACACUUUCUAUUGUGGGUGACAUAACAACAGAGAAGGUACGCCAAGAGCUGAAGACAACCCUCAAGACAUGGAAGGCAGAUCUUGUUCUUCAUGAUGGUGCCCCAAAUGUUGGUCAGAACUGGCUGCAUGAUGCUUACCAGCAGAACCUUCUUGUGCUGCACUCCUUCAAGUUGGCCUGUGAGUUCCUGCAGAAAGGUGGCUGCUUUGUUACCAAGGUGUUCAGGUCAAAGGAUUACUUCAAUUUGGAAUAUGUCUUCAGGAAACUCUUUAAGAGGGUGGAGUCCACAAAGCCACAAGCCUCACGUUAUGAGUCUGCUGAGAUCUUUGUAGUUUGUCAAAACUACCUCAAGCCUGACAGAGUGGAUCCUGAGUUCUUCUCACCCAAGCAUGUCUUCCAAGAGCUGGAUCCAGAACCCACCACAAAGAUCAACAUUCUCAAACCAGAAAAGGUGAAGCAGAAAGCUGAGGGUUAUGCUGAGGGAGCAACAACACUAUACAAUAAGGUUCCUGUCUCAAGAUUCAUCAAUUCUUCCAACUUUAUUGAUGUUCUGCAAGAGGCCUCUGAGCUUUAUUUUGAUGAUGACAAAAUAAAAAACCAUCGACUAACUACAGAGGCCAUCAUUGAAAACUGCAAAGACAUCAAGGUUCUGGGAAGGAAGGAUCUGCGGCAACUGUUGACCUGGAGGAAGAAUUUCAAGGCUGAGCUGAAGAAAAUGGAAGAAGAGAAGAUGGCAACAGAGGCAACAGGUGAAACUGAAGUGGAAAAGACUGAAGAGGAGGAAGAGGAAGAGGAAUUGGACAAAUUACAGAAACAAAUUUUAGAGAUGAAGACUGAACAUGCUCAGGAGGAAAAGAGAGCUAGAAAACGCAAAUUGAAGGAGAAAAAGAAACUUGAGGAAAAGCUACGUUUGAAGUCAGCUAUCCCAGGAGACACUGGCCCCAUGGAAACUGGUAGAGAUGGACUUUUCAGCCUUGAGAAACUCUCCCAGGUUCAAAAUAUGGACUCAGUGGUUGACCAAGAAGCAGACAUCUUGCUGUCAGAAAGUGAGGAGGAGGAGCCAGAGGGACCCACCUUCAUCAAGUUUGACAGAAAUUCAAGCAAACUGGACAGGACAGGCAGGUACUACAUGGAUAAAGGAAAAAAAGAAAUAGGCGAGGGUGAGGAAGAGGAAGAUACAGACAGUGAUGAAGAAGGAUUAGGUCUCAAAGACUCAGUAACCAUGUCAGACAUAGGAAGUGAUGAUGAAUCUGAUGGUGAUGCUGUUAAUCCUCUUUUGACUGACCUGGUUGGAGACUCCAAGGAAUUGAGAAAAGCCCGUAAAGCAGAAAAUUGGUUCAGUCAGGAUGUUUUCAAGGACUUAGAGACUGAGGCUGAUGAAGACUAUGAACUUGAGGCAGCAAUGCAGAAGUAUGUGGCUAAAGGAGGCAAGCUCAAGGGUAAAAACCCUAAGACCAAGAAGAAAAAGGAGACAGAAGCAAAUGGCAAUGAAUCAGGAUACACUAGUGACCAGUCAGAGGAAGCAGAGGUGGCCAGAGAUGCUCCUGACUCAGACUCUGAUGAGGACUCGGAUUCUGAUUCUGAUGAAGAGCCCAACGUUAUGGGGCCACAGAUGCCGCGGGCAGCUGGAUCAACUGUUGGUGAAGGAAUCACUUCAAAGAAGAGAAAAAGGAACCAAGAACAAAGACUUGAUCCAGUCGGUCUUGCCUUAGCAACCAAAAUGAUUCACUCCAAAAAGGCAAAACGAGAUAUAAUGGAUGCAGGAUGGAACAGGUAUAUGAAUGGCGAUGAGGACGACCUCCCAGACUGGUUCAGGAAGGAUGAGAAGAAAUACAACACUAUGCAAGUUACAGUAGAUCGGGAAGACCUGAGGAUGUAUCGGGACCGUGACAAGGAUGUCAAUGCUCGCACCAUCAAGAAGGUAGUGGAAGCAAAGGCACGCAAGAAGCGUAGGGUUAAGAAGCGAAUGGACAGAGCUCGCAAGAAGGCUGACAAUGUAAUCAACAAUGCAGAAAUGUCUGAGAGGGAAAAAGCUCAAGAAGUAAAGAAAUUGUACAAGAAGGCCAUGAAUCCACUGAAGAAGAAAGAAAUCUCGUAUGUUGUCAUGAAGAAGAAGCAUGGUGGCAAAAAGCCGAAGGGCACAAAAGGUCCUUACAAACUGGUGGAUAAGAGACUGAAAAAAGACACAAGAGGGAUGAAGAAAGCUGAUGCAAGGAAAGGAAAAAAACCAAGGCCAGUUAAUAAAACUUCAGGGAAGAAAUCUAGACCAGGAAAGCCAAAGAGAAAAAACUAAUAGACAUUGAAUAUGUAAAUGAGGUUAGGUUAAUUGAUCUUAAGGCAAAGAAUAAAUGAAUAUCAAUCUGUUA